AGGGACUGAUAGCACAAUUAGAGCGUAAUGGGAGGAACCCGGGAGAGUAUUUGUUGGCUAUUCGGUUCUAAUCAAUUUUAAAAUCCGUCAGGGAAAAAUAUCAGCGAUUCACCGUCUUAGCUCAUUCGCCGGAUCAGAAAUGGCAGGCGAGAUUGCACUGAAAACAGCCCCAGCUGACUUUCGUUUCCCUACAACAAAUCAAACUAGACAUUGUUUUACCCGUUACAUUGAGUUCCACAGGUGCUUGGCUGCAAAAGGAGAAUCUAAUGAAUGUGAGAGAUUUGCCAAAUACUAUCGUUCUCUUUGUCCUGGUGAAUGGGUUGAGAGGUGGAAUGAGCAGAGGAAGAAUGGUACUUUCCCAGGUCCUUUGUGAUUGCACAUUGAAAAUAAGGUGACCCUUCUCUGGCAUGGGGAGUUCAUAUUCUUCUCUUGAUCUUAUAUUUGGCUAGUUUCAAUGUCUAUCCUAGAAUUCUUUGAAUUAAUAAGCUACAAAUGGAGAUUUAUUGGAUUUAUCGAGCAUUAAUGCACUAUAGUGGAUUAGUCUGUCAAAAA